AUGAAGCAUAUAAAGAGAGUGAUCAUUGCAAAAGUAGUUUUUUUUGCAUUUGUGCUUCUAGCAGCAUCUGUGCAGGCAGCAAAUGGUAUGUACAACUUAUUAUUAUCAAAAGAAUCUGAAGAGUGUUUGUACAAGUGCAUUGAGCAAAUAGAUUUCGAAAUGCUCGAAAAAAGAGAUCCCUGGCUGUACAAUAUUGUAUGCGCAAAUGAGGUAAAUAAUAUAUUUAGAGUGGCAGCAGCCAUGAAGUACUGCAAGAAUGAAUCAAUAUGUCCACAGGCAUUGGAUAAUAUGAAUGAAGAAGUAUUAUCCAAUAUAAUCAAUGAAAAGGGCUAUGAUGUGUUCUUGAUUAAACUUAUUACUAGUCAAGCUAUGGAGAAUGUUGAUGUAGAAAACCCAAUCUACGGGUUUAUGACAAUUGAUAUAAAAUUAUCAGAUAAACUUAAGGAGUUAAUUAACUCUGGAUGUUUAUACGAGUCAUUCCAAGAAGUCUAUAUGCCUGUGUCUCUUAGUAAGACAACUGAUUUUUUCAUGCUACUGUACAUGCACGUUGUACUCAACACAGACAUUAUUCAGAAUACUUUAGAUAAAGAGCUCAUGGAUAGAAGUCUAUACAACCUUGGCAAGCUAGUUGACACCAUGAAAGAAGAAAAACUAAGCUACAUCUUGGAGUUUGGGUUUAAAAAAUUUAACGAAUAUAUUCAGCCAAAUGACAACCCAAAUAACAAUAACAAUCAAAACCUAGAAAAGAUUAAUAGAUAUAAAGCAAUUCACAGUGCACUGAACACUACGCCAUAUGAAUACUCUAGCGUAUACUUAAAACAUGCUAAUGAUAGAUUUUCAUUAGAUAAAAUACUGAAAGAUGACAGAAUAGGCGCACAGCACUCUUAUAACCUUCGAUUCCUAGACUAUUUGCAUCCAAUUGUAAGACUAUCUUUAUUGCACAACCUAGAGAUAAGAAUAAUAGAAAAAAACAGAAAUUUAACCCAUAUAUUUGAUGCUGUGCAUGACAAAAAUAACUAUGUAAGCAAUGAGAUAGAAGACACUACACCUCCUGAAAAUCUAGAUAAAUUAAUAAUCCAGCUGGCUUCAGUUGAUUACGAGACUGCCGCUGAUAUUAUAUCGUUAGAUAAUGCACUUCUUAUCUCAGAGUGCAAUGAGAUAUAUGUGGAGGUAUCUCAGGAAGACAUAAAGUAUCUUAAGCUUAUUGUGGCGGGAAUGCUGCCAGGCAAGAUCAUAUACAUUAUCCACCCAAAUGAGCCGAUACUAACCAAUCUAAAAACAGGGAAACAAGAGACAGUAGAUGAUAUAAUAGAUCUAUACGAGGCAAGAGAAAUACCAACAAAUAGGAUAGUUGCACUUCCACAAAAUUUUCAUAUAAUAGGCCAACUGUUAAUACUUCUAACGAAUUACUCAUAUAAAGGCUAUUUUGGGCCCUUGUUAGCAAUUCUAAUAUCUUUAGUGGCAUACAUGAGGAUGGUUUCUCUUGCUUUUAAUGGUUUAGAUACAAACUAUAUGUGGUUAUAUAGAUUUAUAUCUGGUGUUUUCUUACUCGGAUACAUCGUAGAUUGGGUGCCACUGCUUACCCAGACAUCAGAUGGGUUUAAGUACAUUGUUAUAUGCAGAGUCUUAUACGCUGUAUUUGGGCUGGCUGCUGUGGCUGGAUUAUUAUUUACCUUUAAGAAAAAGACAUAUGGCUCAAAUACUGUUAAAAUGCAAAAUAGAAGAACCGCUGUUAAAAAAAUCUUCUUAUGCCUGUGCUGGUUACUUUGGACGCUAAUUGUAGGAAUACUCAUAUUUGGGUCACUUGACAUGAAGACAUGCCUUAUUUACAGCAAACUAUUUACAAUCUUGGCAACAUACAUUUAUAUACUUUCCGCAUGCCUGUCAUAUAUAGAUCGUGACAUUUUAAAUCGUCUAAUUAGACCGAAUUUCUUUAUCCCUAUUGACUUUAGACAAGAAUGUAUUCAAUUCUUUAGAACAAGAAUAAUGACUGACACUUUUAUCAAUACUCUGAUACUUAAAACCAUGCUAGCUACUUUACUUGGAUCAAUCGUGAUAUUUACUGUCUUUUUGAUUUCAAUUCCUACGCAAAAUAUUCAGCAACAUUUACAAUUUGUAUUUUCUAGAAGUAGUAAUUGUAUUCCUGUUGAUAUGGUUCAAUAA